UCUUUUCAUCCCCUCCUCUCUCCCACCCCUCUCAUGCAAAUGCAAUCCCACCAAACAUGUCUUCUUCAGCUGUUGUUGCAGCAGCUUCCUAUGCAGCCUCUUCUUCUUGCUCCAUCUCACCAACUCACUCUUCCAAAACCAUUACUCCAAAACCACUCAUCCCAACCCAAAACCAGAAAACCACCUUCCUGGGUCUGUCCCUCUCAGAUGCCAAGAGGGUCUUUUCAAUUGCUGAAAUAGAGAGGGGUGGAGAGAUUAGUAGCCUUAGAAGGAGAGGUCUUGAGGUUAGUGCAAGGACUGCAGGGGCAUCAAAGAGCAUUGAAGUUGAAGUUGAUAAGCCGUUGGGUCUUACCUUAGGCCAAAAACCUGGUGGUGGAGUCGUCAUUGCAGCUGUUGAAAGUGGUGGGAAUGCAGCAAAGUCCGGGCUGAAAGCAGGGGAUCAGGUGCUAUACACAAGCAGCUUCUUUGGGGAUGAACUAUGGCCUGCAGAUAAGCUGGGAUUUACAAAGACUGCCAUCCAAGCAAAACCCGACUCGGUGUACUUCGUAGUAAGCAGAGGUGCAGAGGUAGAUGUAAAGCGAUUGCCAAAGAGGCCGGCCCCACCUCGCUUCGGGCGGAAAUUAUCAGAGGCACAGAAGGCCAGAGCAAGUCACAUAUGCAUCGACUGUGGAUUUAUUUACACUCUCCAGAAACCUUUCGAUGAGCAGGCAAGCACAUAUGUUUGUCCGCAAUGUUCAGCGCCGAAGAAGAGGUUUGCACGGUACGACGUGAACACUGGAAAGCCCAUUGGAGGAGGGUUGCCCCCAAUUGGAGUGAUAGUGGGUCUGGUGGUGGGAAUUGCAGGGGUAGGAGCCUUGCUUGUGUAUGGCCUUCAAUGAUCAGUUCCUUUCCUCGAUUCAAGUCAAUGCUGAAACAGGUAAGUUCCUUUACACAUAUAAUUCCACGUCAUUGGAGGACUGCAGCUGUUUUUCAUUUGAACCUGAAAUCUAAUGUCUACACUGCUACCACACAGCUCUCUAUCCAACAGUUUCUUUGAAAUGUAUGUGCAGUGAAUUCAUAUGCAAGGAGAUAUCAUGAACGCCAAUGAGUCAGAA